UCUUUUCUCUUCUUCCAAGUUUCUCAUUCACGCGAAGGAACAAUGUCUUGUUUCAUUUUCCUAUCUCUCCUGUUUCUCCUUCUUCAAUCUCCUUUCUUAUCUCUUUCAACCAACUCCGAAGGAAAUGCUCUGCAUGCUUUGAGAAGCAAGCUUUCUGAUCCCAACAACGUGCUGCAGAGCUGGGACCCAACUCUCGUUAAUUCCUGUACUUGGUUCCAUGUUACCUGCGACUCCAACAAUCAUGUCAUUCGCUUAGACUUGGGCAAUUCUAACAUUUCUGGAACCUUGGGCCCCGAGCUUGGCCAGCUACCCCACCUCCAAUACCUGGAGCUCUAUAGGAAUAACAUAAGUGGGAAGAUUCCUAAGGAACUUGGUAAUUUGAAGAACCUUAUUAGUAUGGAUUUGUAUGAUAACAAAUUCGAAGGGAAAAUUCCCAAGUCAUUUGGCAAGUUGAAGUCACUUAAAUUGCUACGGCUGAACAACAACAAGCUCACAGGAUCAAUCCCAAGAGAACUCACUCAUCUUAAAAAUCUCAAGAUCUUUGAUGUUUCUAAUAAUGACCUCUGUGGAACAAUACCAGUAGAUGGCAACUUCGAAUCUUUCCCAGCAGAAAGUUUUGAGAAUAACAAAUUCAGCGGCCCAGAACUGAAAGGACUGGUUCCUUAUGAUUUUGGAUGCUGAAGCGAAGUAGAAUACGCCGUCCCCUCCUCAGACUGCAAAGAUGUGGCCUUCAU